AUGCACUGCAACACCUUCUCCGGGGCCGUCUUCCCAGGGUGCUACUGGGGCAGCUGCGGCUACCCCCUGGGGUACAGCGUGGGCUGUGGCUACGGCAGCACCUACUCCCCCGUGGGCUACGGCUUCGGUUAUGGCUACAACGGCUGUGGGGCCUUCGGCUUCAGAAGAUACUGGCCAUUUGAUCUCUACUGA